CAGUGAGCUGUCAACUGUCAAGGUUAUUAAAGUGUUCCAAAUUCCAAAAGUUGUCAACAAAAUAGUUGUAUUCAAAUAUGUAUAGGAGUUUUUUAAUUUGAACAAUUAUCAUUUGAUUAGCUUGUGCUUCAUAUCGAAGAUAAGAAACCGUUUGGUAGCUACUGAAUAUGUUCGAGAGACGUUUUAUACAGAUCUAAAGGACACUAGAAAAAUUUCCGUUCAAGAUGCAACCUGCUAGUGCCAGAGAAAUGAAGUUCAAUCCUCCUCAAGUGAUGAGCUUGAGGGAAAAGGAGGAAUAUAUAUCGAAUUUCAAUUUUCCGUUUUGUGAUGAAUCUACCAAGUACGAGAAAGUGGCCAAAAUUGGUCAAGGCACUUUUGGAGAAGUAUUCAAAGCUCGAGAUAAAAAGAAUCCUAAGAAGUUUGUUGCUAUGAAGAAAGUUCUCAUGGAUAAUGAAAAAGAAGGGUUUCCUAUAACGGCUUUGAGAGAAAUACGAAUUCUGCAACUUUUGAAACAUGAAAAUGUUGUGAAUUUGAUUGAGAUAUGCAGGACUAAAGCCUCAGCUGCCAACAGAUAUCGUUCAACAUUUUAUCUAGUGUUUGACUUUUGUGAACAUGAUCUUGCCGGAUUACUAUCUAAUGUUAAUGUGAAAUUUAGCUUAGGAGAAAUCAAAAAGGUGAUGCAACAGUUGUUGAAUGGCCUCUAUUACAUACAUAGCAAUAAAAUCUUGCAUAGAGAUAUGAAGGCUGCUAAUGUUCUCAUCACCAAGAAUGGCGUUCUUAAACUGGCCGAUUUUGGUUUAGCGAGAGCUUUCAGUAUCAACAAAAAUGGUCCAAACAGAUUCACCAAUAGGGUGGUCACAUUAUGGUAUCGACCUCCUGAACUUUUGUUAGGUGAGCGUAAUUAUGGCCCCCCUGUGGACUUGUGGGGCGCUGGUUGUAUAAUGGCAGAGAUGUGGACUAGAUCCCCCAUCAUGCAAGGAAAUAGUGAGCAUCAGCAAUUGACCCUCAUUUCUCAAUUGUGUGGGUCUAUAACACCUGAAGCAUGGCCCGGCGUUGAGAAUUUAGACUUAUUCAAAAAGAUGGAACUCCCGCAGACUCAAAAAAGAAAGGUUAGAGAACGCCUAAAGCCUUACUUGAAAGAUCCCUAUGCUAUUGACCUCUUGGACAGACUUCUUGUACUGGAUCCAAGCAAAAGGGCUGACUCAGACACAGCUUUGAAUCACGAUUUCUUCUGGACUGAUCCAAUGCCAUGCGAGCUUGGAAAUAUGCUUGCGAAUCACACACAAAGUAUGUUCGAGUUUUUGGCUCCUCAGAGGAGGGCCACCCAACAAACACGACACCAUACUUUGCCGAGGCCUACUGUUUCAACCAUUCAGGAUGGUGGUUACCAAGACAGAGUUUUUUAGUAUUCUUUAAGUGUAUAUAUAUUUAUGAUUUAGCUCUUGUUAACAUUAUAAAUAAUUUAAAUGAUUUUUUCAAUAAUAAACUAUGAGAAAUC